AAUUUAAAUGUCCAAAAGUUCGAGUUUUAAUUUGUUUAUUGCUUGUGUAAUUUUUAUACGUUAUUUAUUUAUUUUAACUGGGCAAUAUGGAAGUCGACCCCUCGAUGACAAUGUCUUUCAUACAAGCCAGAGAUCCGAGUAUUUUAUCAUGGAAUAUUCAUGGGUUAAAUAAGGUUAAAGCAAAUUUAUUUAAGGAAUCUUUAUUGUCCGAGCCUGAGCUAGAAGUAAAGGAGGAUAACAACCUUAGAAUUUUCCUGAGAGUCAAAGCAAAUGUGGAUUAUAAAAAUUUGUAUAGUAUUUCCGAAAAAACGUUAACUUGCACAAUACCACAAGGCUCAAAUGUGUUAAGAAAUAUCAAAGAAGGAGACAAAGUAACAAAAAAAUUCGAAUUCAGUGAAAUAUUUGGGCCUAAUGCAACACAAAAUGAAGUUUUCGAUAAUAUUAUCAAACCCAAGCUUUUAGGAUUCAUUAAUGGAAAAAAUAGUACUUUGAUGACUUAUGGAGCCUCAGGAGCAGGGAAAACAUUUACAAUUAUUGGGACAGCCUCAAACCCUGGUUUAGUUCCUCGUACUUUGGAAUACUUGUUCCGCACUAUUCCGCAGUUAAGCCAAAUUAUCAAAGUGAAACCCAAUCCAAAUGGGUCCAUUGCAAUACUAAAUGAUAUUGAAAUUAGGGAAGAAAAACAUAAAAGAACCAACAUUUUAAAUGCUUCACACCACAUGAUUGACAAACAAGCCCAUUUAAAAACCUAUAGAGAAAUGCAGCAACGAUUGAGCACUGAAUCAGCAGCAUUAUUAGAAGGCAUAGAUGGUAUUUCUGUUGGGGUGUGGGUGUGUUUUGCAGAGAUUUACAAUGAGCAAAUCUAUGAUUUGCUUGUGCCACCUCCACCAAGGGGUAAGCAAAGAACCAAGUUGAAAUUGGGGAAUGCUAAUGGCACUGCCUACAUUAAAAGUUUAACUAGUAUUUUUGUGAAUUCUGGCAUGGAAGCAUAUCAGAUUUUGCAAUAUGGCCUUCACAAUUUAAAUUAUGCUGCAACUGCUUUGAAUUCCAACUCAAGCAGAUCCCAUUCUAUUUUCACUAUAAAACUGGCACAGUUGAAUAGAGAAAACCAAACCCAGGUUUCUUAUUUUAAUUUUUGCGAUCUGGCUGGUUCAGAGAGACUCAAAAAAUCCCACAAUGUCGGAGAACGUUUAAAAGAAUCCAACAACAUAAACAGUUCACUUAUGGUGCUUGGAAAAUGCAUAGAUAAUAUAAGAAAUUUGCAAAAAGGUUCAAAAUCUAUGGUGCCAUAUAGAGAGUCAAAGUUGACUCAAAUAUUUCAAAGAGCACUGAGUGGAAAGGAGGAUAUAUGCAUGAUAGUUAACGUAAAUCCAUGCAGAGAAUUGUUUGACGAAACGCAGCACGUUUUAAACUUCUCCGCCAUUGCCAAAAACAUUAUUAUAGAAGAGGAACCGGUCAAACCACUGCCUAAGAAAACGGGUCGUUUUUCGCAAUAUAUGAACGGCCGUUCAACCUCAAUUAAACCAAUCAUAGAAGAGGACAAAGGAAUGGAGCAAGAUUACAAAAAGGAUUAUGAAAACGAAUACGAGACCGUGGAGAAAUUGAAAAACUACAUUUCGGAAAUGCAGCUGGAUUUUGAAACUAAAUGGCAGGAACGGGAGGAAAUGGAGAGAUUGGAUAGGUUAAAGAUCACGGAGACGUACGAUGGAGUUAUAGCGAAAAUUUAUGCAAUGCACAAGGGGAUCCAGGAGCGCGCUGAGGCGAAUCAUAAGGAGGAGUUAGAAAAAGAGAGGGCGAAAUGGCGGGAACAUUACCGACAUAAACGUGUCAAAUAUGACGAUGACAAUGACGACAGCGACGUUAUAGAUCUAGUGAGCGAUAAUGAGGACGAUAACGAUGAUGGCGACGGACGCAAGGAAGUGAAAGAGAACGUAAUUAUCAGCGAGUUAAAAAUGGAACGGGAAAAAUUGGCACUGGAGCUAAAACAAAAGCAUGAACGCUUGCUUGGUCUGGAAAAAGAAAACAUACUGCUAAACAACAAAAUUGAACAGCUGAAUUUGACUCUGAAAGAUGCCGAAAAAGAGUACAAGGCUUUGGAGCAAGGGUGCAGGGCGGAAAAGAUGGAGCUAAAAAGCGCUAUUUACGAGUUGGAGGAGAAGGUGCACGAUCAGGAGGCUCUGAUAAGUUCGCUAAAGCAGGAUAUGCAGAGAACCAUGGAGAUCGAGGAACAGGAAGAAAGCAAUGCUACAGAAGAUAGAGGAGACAUACAAAAUAUGUUAAUAUCGUCAUUAACCGAAUUAGGUAAUAAUUAUGAUGUCUUUGAAGACGGUACAAAAAAUGUUUUAAAUAAUACAGAAGAUAAGGAAAAUAUAAGUGAACAAAUAAAUAUGUAAAAAAAAUGUUUUAAUUUUUUAACCAAUUGUG